GGCAUUUAUUACCUCCAUUCCAUAUGAUAUCCCCUUUUGAUUCUUUCCCAGCCCCAAGCCCACCUCUCUUCCCUUAUUUACUGCUUGGCCAUUCAGUCUGUCUGCAUUUCUCUGAUUUUGCUUCACCCGUUGGCUAACCUACUCACAGUUUCUUCUUACACGCACAGGGAGAGAGAGAGAGAGAGAGAGAGAGAGAGAGAGAGAGAUUCCUACAUACAUAUAUACAUAUUUAUAUCUGCAUAAAUUGGUGUUGUUAGCAGAAUAGAAUCCAAUUAGUCUAGUGUAGUGUGUACUGGUAGUAGUUCCAUCUUCCACGAAUGGGGAGGUCUCCAUGCUGUGACAAAAUAGGGCUGAAGAAAGGGCCAUGGACGCCUGAAGAAGACAACAAACUGUUGGCCUACAUAGAAGAGCACGGCCAUGGAAGCUGGCGAGCCUUGCCUGCCAAAGCUGGGCUCCAGAGAUGUGGCAAGAGCUGCAGAUUAAGGUGGACAAACUACCUGAGGCCGGACAUUAAAAGAGGCAAGUUCAGCUUACAGGAAGAGCAGACAAUCAUUCAGCUCCACGCCCUUUUAGGGAACAGGUGGUCGGCCAUAGCGACGCAUUUGCCCAAAAGAACAGACAAUGAAAUCAAGAAUUACUGGAACACCCACCUCAAGAAAAGAUUGGCCAAAAUGGGGAUCGACCCCGUGACCCACAAGCCCAAGAAUGAUGCCCUCUUGUCCAGCGACGGCCACUCCAACUCCAAGAAUGCUGCCAAUCUCAGCCAUAUGGCUCAGUGGGAAAGCGCUCGCCUCGAAGCUGAAGCCAGGCUCGUCAGGCAGUCCAAGCUCCGAUCCUGCACCUCCACUUCCCCUUCUUUUCAGCCUCACAGCGCUGAAGCCGGCGGCUCCACGUCAAGCCUGCAGCUCCUUAAGCCGGUCGGCGCGCCGAGGUGUCUGGACGUUCUCAAGGCAUGGGCCAAGACAAAUGAAACGGCCGCCGUCGGCGAUAUGGAAUCGCCGACGUCCACGCUGAGCUCCGCGGCGGGAGUGGCGGAGAGCUCCGCCGCGUUCGUUGAGUUUCCGGCGAGCGACGGCGGCAUCGGAAAAGAAGACGGCGACGAGGAGUGGAAGAAUCUGCCUGAGUAUAGAGACGGGAUAGGGAAUUCGAUCCAUUUCCCGUCCGGUCUGCAGGACACGUGUCUCUCGUCGGAAUGGGCUUCGGAAUCUUCCACGCGAAACUCCGUUGAACACGUGCCCUGCGGGAAUUUCGUCGAAAAGUUCACGGACCUCCUCCUCAGCACCUCUUCAACCGACCGCCGCUUCUCCGACGACGGCGCCGACUCAGACAACGGCAGCGGGAGCGCCAGUGACGGCGGCCACGAUUGCAGCACUGAAGAUAACAAGAAUUACUGGAACAGCAUUCUCAAUCUCGUUAAUUCUUCGCCGUCCGAUUCACCGAUUUUUUGAACAACGCCGCCGCCGCCGCCGACGAGUUGCGUCUUUUAUUCUGAAAUCCUCAAGCUCAUCAUGUACAUCAUCAAUGGCUACCAUUCCCGUUAAUUAGUUUCAGUGUAAUCAAUUUUUAGUAAUAUCAUUUUAAUUCAAUUUCCAA